AACAAAACCCCCAAACGACACAGUAUUAACUUAUUGUUCUCGGGCAAAGCAAGACUGGAGUCUGGAGUUCGCUCGUCGCUUCGUCGUCUCCCGUCGGCAAGCAAAACAAGCUACCCGAGUACAGAGCGCUGUAACCAAAGCCGCCGCCGCGCUAAUCAAUCAUGUCAGUAGAAGAAGAAGCUGUGAUCAAUUUGCAAUCUCAAGUAGCUUCUCUUCGAAACAGAGUCAAGGAAUUGGAGGCUGAGAAUGCUAAAUUAUCCGCUCGGCUCUCAAAGUGUCGCUGCAAUGAGACGGAGGAGAAGCUUCAUAGAAGAGAGAGUGGGGAAGUAAAUCCUGGAGGGCGUGAGACUGCUAAAACGAAAACAAGAGUAUAUGACACAGGGUCCAUGAAUCACCUUCAGAAGAGAUUUGUAGCUUUAAAACUCAUGUAUUUUGGUCAAAGGUUUUAUGGGUUUUCUUCAGAAGGACAGAUGGAUCCAACUAUUGAGUCUGAGAUUUUCAAAGCUCUUGAAAGGACAAGACUUUUAAUUGGUGAUAAGAAGGAUAUAAAGUAUUCACGAUGUGGUAGAACAGACAAAGGAGUUUCUGCUGUUGGGCAAGUGAUUGCUUUGUUUUUGCGAUCCAAACUCAAGGACGUUGAUGCAAACAACAAAAUUUCAGGGGAAAUUGUUUCAGAAGAACAUAAUGGAGAAAUUGAUUAUGUGGGAGUAUUGAAUCGAGUCCUUCCAAAUGAUAUUCGAAUUGUAGGCUGGUCUCCUGUUCCAAAUGAUUUUAGUGCGAGGUUUAGCUGUCUCAGUAGGGAGUAUAAAUAUUUCUUUUGGGUUGACAAACUGAAUCUCUUGGCUAUGGAGAGUGCAGGUAAGAAAUUUAUUGGGGAGCAUGACUUCAGAAACUUCUGUAAGAUGGAUGCACUGAACGUGCACAACUACAGGAGGCACAUAACAUCAUUUGAAAUCUCUCCAUGUGAAAUGAGGUCUGAAGGCAAUCAACUUGGUGCAAUAAAAAUUAAAGGUAGUGCUUUCCUGUGGCACCAGGUCCGGUGUAUGGUUGCUGUGCUAUUUCUGAUUGGCCAAGGUCUUGAAUCCCCAGAUGUGAUAGAUGUAUUGCUGGAUAUUGAUAGGACAACAAGGAAACCCCAGUAUCCCAUGGCUCCGGAAAUUCCCUUGGUUCUUCAUUCCUGUGAAUUCGGAGGUCUCAAGUUUACAUGUUCAGCAGAUGCUGGGCGAGCUCUGCGCACUCAUUUCAAGAAUGAAUGUCAGCUAUACCAACUCCAAGCUGCUAUCUUUCAUGAUGCUCUACUCAGCUGUUUGCCUUUGUCAAAAAGUGCUGAAGACAAUUCUGAUAAGAGCCCAUGGAAUGAAACAGACAAAAAGAGAGCUUCCCAUGUUCUUCUCAUGUCAAGGCCAACUGAGCCAUCUUACAAAGAACGGCAGGCAAAACUGGAAAAUAUGAAGCCAAGAGCUCGUUGAUGCGCGGAAAGUGUUUGUUGUUGUGGAAAUUUGGCAGCAACAUGUUUUUUUACAUGUUUCAUUAUACAAACGAAUUUUUAUACUUGACAUUUGACAAGCCAUGUUAUUGGCAAUGUUGCUUGGGUAAGUUGAAAAAUAAAUUCUUGUUUCGAUGCAUGCUUGAAGGCAGUUGGUUUGCUGGAA